CUUACGAGGUAUUCCCUCCAUCCCUAAACUUUUGACGUUUUGAACUAGCCAUCGUUACUACUGCUUGGUCCUGUAUGCUCUUGUUUCAACCUUCCCUCACUUCUCUCCGCUCCAAGCACAGACAACACAGGCCACUGGCCACAUGGAUUGCAGAGCUUAGUUGAGCACACAGAUCAAUGGAGGUGGUGAGCGCUUCUCAUGGCGUGUUGGGUCCCCUACUGUGGAAGCUCAACUCCCUGCUCGCCGACGAGUUUGUCCGCCUCAAAGGUGUCCGCCGUGAGAUCCGGUCACUCAGAUCUGAGCUGAUGAGCAUUCAUGCUGCAGUUCAGAAGUAUGCCAUGCUCCAACAUCCUGAUGUCCAAGGGAAGGUAUGGAUAGCACUGGUGAGGGAGCUGGCCUAUGACACCGAGGAUGUCAUUGACAAGUUCGUACACCACCAUGGCAACGGGACUCACCACGGUGGCUUCAAGGAGUUCUUUCGGAAGACUGCUCGCCGACUCAAGACUCUUGGGUCUCGCCGUGGAAUAGCCAACCAAAUUGAUGACUUGAAGGCUCGUGUCAAGGAGGUGAAAGAGCUCAAGAGCAGUUACAAGCUGGAUGAUAUUGCUGGUAGCACCGUUGAGCGUUCCGCUGUGGAUCCUCGGUUGUCUGCGCUUUUUGUCGAGGAAGAACACAUUGUAGGCAUCGAUGGUCCAAGAGACGACCUUGUCAAUUGGAUGGUGGAAGAGAAAGAUAGCACGACCAAGAAUCUCAAGGUGCUAUCUAUUGUUGGGUUCGGGGGGCUGGGAAAGACGACGUUGGCGAAGGAGGUAUGUCGCAGGAUCCAAGGGCAUUUUCAUUGUCACGCUUUCGUCUCAAUCUCUCAAAAGCCGAAUGUGAAGAACAUUAUGAAGGAUGUGAUCUCCCAAGUGCCUUGCAAGAAAGAAUUUAUAGAAGAUAUUGACACUUGGGAUGAAAAGAAAUUUGUUGCGAAGCUAAGGCAACUGCUGCAAGAUAAGAGGUACCUCAUCGUUAUUGAUGAUAUAUGGUCAAUACCAGCAUGGGACGCUAUUAAAUAUGCCUUCCCAAAGAAUAACCUUUCUAGCAGAAUUAUAGCUACAACACGAAUUGUUGAUGUAGCAAGAUCAUGUUGUCCGCAUGGUGAUAUUGACCGCAUCUAUGAAAUGGAAGCCCUAAGUGAUCUUCACUCCAAAAGGUUGUUUUUCAAAAGAAUAUUUGGUUCCGAGGACUGUUGCCCUGAUGUGCUAAAACAAGUUUCAAAUAAAAUAUUGAAGAAAUGUGGAGGCCUACCAUUGGCACUUAUCAGUAUAUCAAGUUUGUUGGCAAACCGACCGAAGGUCAAAGACGAGUGGGAGAGGGUCAGUAGGUCUAUUGGUUUUGCAUUGGACAAAAACCCAAGCUUGGAGGGAAUGAAUAGAAUACUAUCCCUUAGCUACAAUGAUCUUCCACCUAAUCUGAAGACCUGUUUGUUGUAUUUAAGUAUAUUUCCGGAGGACACAGUUAUUAACAGAGAGAGCAUAGUGAGGCGAUGGAUAGCAGAAGGCUUUAUCUGUGAAGAGCGCGAACAGAGCAAGCAAGAGGUUGCCGAGAACCACUUCUAUGAGCUAAUCAACAAGAGCAUGGUCCAACCAGUGGGAAUUGGCUAUGAUGGUAAGGCUCGUGCUUGUCAAGUCCACGACAUGAUGCUUGAGCUCAUCAUUUCAAAAUCAGUUGAAGAUAAUUUCAUCGCUUCCGUGGGCCACGGGAAGACUGAUCUUGCAAAUCGCCAAGGUCUCAUUCGGCGACUGUCAGUCCAUCAUAUUGACCAAGAGGUGGCAUCUGUAUUGGCAAAUGAAGAUUUAAGUCAUGUUCGAUCUCUAACGGUGACAGCAUCAGCUUGCAUCAAACACUUGCCUAGUCUUGCUGAGUUUGAAGCUUUGCGUGUACUAGAUUUUCAAGGUUGCCAAAAUAUGCAAUUGUAUGAUAUGAAUGGUAUAGAUAAACUUUUCCAGCUAAAGUACUUGAGCUUUAGGGACACUGACAUGGGGGAGCUACCAUCAGGAAUUGUGAGGCUAUAUGGUCUAGAGACGCUAGAUCUUAGAGAUACAUACAUCGAAGAGUUGCCACCCGAGAUUGUUCAACUCAUUAAGCUACAGCAUUUACUUGCAUCCGAGGGAUUAUAUUCUAGAGCUGAAGGUAGAUUGAAGAUUCCAAAUGGGAUUGGAAAUAUGAGGAACUUACGGGAGAUCUCAGGCUUUAAUGUUAUCAAGAGUUCAUUAAGUGCAGUGGAGGAGCUGGGGAAUCUGACAGCUUUGCAAGAACUCCAUCUACAGCUGGACGGCGGAGGGUCCCAGGAAUACAAAAGGCAUGAAGACAUGUUACUUUCCUCUCUAUGCAAGCUUGGCGGAUGGCAACUCCAGACUUUCCGAGUACGUGCUGCCAACUCGACACCACUCCAGUUCUUAGAUUCUUGGUCCCCUCUGCCAUCAUCUCUCCAAAGAUUUCAGAUGACCACUAACUAUUGUUUUCCGAGGAUGCCAAAGUGGAUUACGCCAAAACUCACUGGCCUUGCGUACCUAGACAUUAAUUUAGUGGAAAUAACAGAGGAGGAUCUGCACAUACUUGGAGAGAUGCGUGCCUUGCUUUCUCUGGUGUUGUCAUUCUAUGGUGCCCAAAAUGAAAGGAUUAUUGUCAGAGGCCAUGCAUUCCCAUGUCUGAAGGAAUUCUAUGUUUCACUUAGUCUUCCUGAUAUCCCAUGGAACACAUAUUUGAAGUUUGAAGAAGGGGCAAUGCCAAAGCUCGAGAAGCUUGAUGUGCCAUUCUUUGUGUCAGUGGCAAAAGCCUAUGGGUUUAGAUUAGGUAUUAACCAUCUUCCAUGUCUGAAACAUGCCAAUGUUUCUAUACUUGACAAAGGAAGUGCGACAUCUUCCGAAAGCAGGGCUGCAGCGGCUGCCAUAAGGAAUGAAGCAAAUGCCAACCCCAAUCAUCCUAGGGUAUUUAUCAUGGGAGAAAUGGAGGAGGACGCGGAAGAGAGUUCCACAGAUGAAGAAGAGGGAUAGAUACCUGGGAAAUGUUACCAUCACAACAUUUCAUUACCGGUGCAAGAG